AUGACAAUAAUCAUAGACUUUCCAAACGAAAUAAUUAUCUUGGUUUUACAAUACGUGUUAUACGGAACAACGUACAAAUACUUUACAAAAUUGCGGUAUACUUGUAAUUUGUGGAAUUUACUCAUUCCGGAUAUUGUAUCAAAUGACUUGCAAGCGAGAUUUAAAAGUGAUUUAGCGUUUAAGACAGCAUGCGACAUACAAUCGUCUGAACAGUGUACAGAAUUUAUGACAUCUCCACAAUUCACACACGAAAACAACAAUUUCUUCACAUUCAUAUUCCCAAAAAACUAUUCUUUGUUGUCUUCAAAAAUAUUAAACAACAAUAAUAACGGUAUUGAUGGUACUUUACAAACUACUACCGUGAUGAAGACACAUUUCACACCAAUAUGUUCAUGCCGAAUCACAAUUUCAAAAUCGAAUGCAGACUCGGUUCUCCCGAUUGGAUGGCAGACUAUUGAAUUGAUUCCGAUUUUUAUUAAACUUCGUGUCAAAAAAGGACUAUGGAUCGCAUACAUUAAUACCGUAAAUGAGCAACAGGAGAUGAGUGUUGAAAUUAGACAUUGUAAAUUCUCGAAGCAAAUAUUAUUGUCGUUAGUGGAUGUAAUUGAUCAGUUGUACGGUGCUGUUGGUAUGUUGGGUGUUAAUGGUGAUGAAGAGUGA